AUGUCAGACACCACAAAACACUAUUCCGCUGAGGACAUCACAGGUGAUCCCCUCGAGUCCAUCAGCACUGACAAGUCUGUCGAACAGCAUGCCGUCACCAAGCUUGACGAGGAACGAUUCAGUCUGUGGAGCGUGUUGGGCGUCCAGUACACCCUCGGCUGCGCUCCAUUGGCCAUCGCCGGGUAUAUGCAAUUCACCCUGGGCGUCGGAGGCAGCCCCUACUUUUUCUGGUGUUUUAUCGUGGCCGCGGUCGGUCAGGGCAUCGUCGUGAUGACCUUUGCCGAGUUGUCGUCUGCAUAUCCCCAUGUUGCAGGUCAAACGUAUUGGACAGCCAUUCUGGCUCCACCCAAGUACCGCCGUUUCCUCACCUACCUCAACGGAAUAAUGACCUUGUGGGGGUGGAACUUCGCCGUCGCGGGUGGCUAUUUUCUAAGCACGCAGUUCAUCCUCGGGACCGCCAGCAUCCUCAAUAGCAACUAUGUUCCCCAGCACUACCAGAGCUUUUUGAUGUCCAUUGCCAUGUUCUUCAUCGCUAUCGCCAUGAACACCUGGCUCAUCAAAUUUUAUCCGGCCGUCACCAAAUUCUUUGUCGUCGCCAUCAACGUGGCUGUCGUCUACAUCAUCGUUGCGAUCCUCGCCAAAGCGCAGCCAAAGGCUGACGCAAAAACGGUCUUCAUUGAUGUCAUCAACAACACCGGCUGGGGCUCGGACGGUCUCGUCUUCUGUCUUGGGAUGUUGCCCACGCUGGUUGCUCUGUGUCUUCCCGACGGCGCGACGCAUUUGACCGAAGAGCUGCCCAACCCUCAACGACGCGUGCCACAAAUCAUGAUCGGAUCGUUCCUCCUCUCAUUCUUGGGGGCCUUCGUCAUGAUCAUCGUCCUCCUGUUCUGCACCGUCAACCCCGCGGGUCUCCUGGAGCCUUUGGGAGGCCAGCCGAUUUUCCAAAUCUGCUGGGAUGCGUGGAACAACACGGGUUUCCUGGUCACCAUCGGCAUCAUCUUUUCCGCCUCCUUCGUCCAGGGCUGCAACUCCUGCCUGACCGGCGAGAGCCGUAUUGCCUGGUCCUUUGCCAAGUCUGGCGGUCUCCCUUGGGGCUCAUGGCUGACCAAAGUCGACGACAAGACGCUCGUCCCUGUCAACUCGGUCCUGGCGUGCGCGGUAGUGGCCCUCGCAUUCGACUUCCUCGAGUUUGCCCCCGCGUAUGUUCUGAAUGCCAUUUACGGAUCUGCCGGCAUCUGUUUCGGAAUCUCAUACGGCCUGCCAGUCGUGUUACUGGUGCUUCAGGAUCGAGACCGUCUGCCCGCCAAUCGAUACAUCAACCUCGGCCGCGCGGGUCUCAUCCUCAACAUCCUCAUGAUCGGCUGGAUCUGUUUCGAGGUUGUCUUCCUGAGCUUUCCCCUGAAUUACCCCGUCACCACUGACAAUAUGAACUGGGCUUCGGUAGUUGCCAUUGGCUGUUUGGUACUUUCUAUCGGUAACUGGUUCAUUGUGAAAGACAAGUACUGCGUUCCGGAAGCGUUGGCCUUUGAGAUUGUGCCACAUGGGUCUUCUCAUCACCAUCAUCACCACCACGAGGACAAUGCUUAG